UGCAUGCCAGGUGUGAGAGCAAAACGUUUCCAAAUACCAGACUGGCAUUUAUAUUUCAUUUUGGAUAUAAGGGUUUAUCGAAAGGAUCAAAGAUGAAAAUAAUCAGUUCAGCUCUUAUUGUUCUUUUGAAUGUUCACAUCCAAACAAGUUUGGCGGUGUUCAUACCUAGAACAUUAGAGCGAGAAGCACCCGAUCCCAUAAAACCAGCAAGUAAAGAGAGGAAAGCGCAAUGGUUCGAUCAAAAACUUGAUCAUUUUGAUAAAUCGAACACUAAGACAUGGAAACAACGGUAUUAUUACAAUGCUGAUUGGUUUUUGGCGCAAAAUGGCACAGAUUCUGGUGGUGAUCAACUUCCCCUAUUUAUAAAGAUUGGAGGUGAAGCAGGUAUUCAGGGCGGAUGGGUGAAUGGGGGCUUCUGGGUGUCAUUCGGAAUAGACUACAGAGCUCUUUUCAUCUAUGUGGAACACAGGUUCUAUGGCGAAAGUCACCCUACUAAUGAUAUGAGUGACAAGAAUUUGAAAUACCUGAGCAGUCGACAAGCAUUGGCUGAUUUGGAUUAUUUCAUUGAUGGCAUGAUGAAGAAGUUCGGAAUGACUGAUAAGAGUAAAGUGGUUGUUUUUGGUGGUUCAUACUCAGGUGCCCUGUCCGCCUGGGUGCGUCUCAAAUACUCCAACAAGGUUUUCAUCGCGCAUGCGUCAAGUGCACCUGUCGAAGCAAUAGUCGACUUCACUGGCUACAACAAGGUGUCAUACAAAUCACUGGCCGCCUGGGAUCCCCAAUGUGCAAAAACGGUGCAAUCCGUGGCCAAGAAGGAGGAGCAAAUGAUGAAGACCAAUGAGGGCCUGGCUAAUCUCAGAAAGAUAUUUGGAACUUGUGUGAAACUGACUACAGACAACCCUCUGGAUGUGCAGUCGUUCGCUCAGUUCCAAGUGGCGGUUAUCGGCAACAUAAUACAGUACAAUGGCACAGGAAAUGCGCAGAACAUACCGGACAUCUGCAACGCAGUGAGCGGCGCGGCGGAUGACGACGAUGCUAUGCAGAAGUUCGCCGACUUCCUCAAGGCGACCGUCAGAGCCAAAUACAAUUCCACGUGCACGGGAUCCAGGUUCUCAGCUAAUGUAGCUACCUUAAAAAAUACCACAUUUGGUAAAGAGGGCUCACGUCAAUGGACAUGGCAAACUUGUUCAGAAUUCGGAUAUUUCCAAUCAGCCUCAGAUGAAGAUAAUCUUUUUGCAAAUAUAUUGCCUGUGUCCUUCUAUGAAGAGGAAUGUAAAGGUGUAUUUGGCGAUAAGUUUACUCCAGAAUACAUACAGCAAAAGGUUGGCGAAACCAAUAAGUACUACGGUGGAAAGGAUUACAAACAAAGUCAAACAAUGUUCACACAGGGUUCAGUGGACCAGUGGCAAGACAGAGGAAUCACUGAAAGCAAUGAGCAGCAAGGAUAUAAAGCCGUUUACAUUGACAAUGCCAGUCAUUGUCAAGACGAGAGCCAGGAUAGCGCCAAUGAUUCGCCAGGCCUAACUGCGGCGAGGAAGGAGAUGAGAGAAAUACUGAAGGGAUGGAUGACGUCAUGGAAUUUCAAGGAAUUACUCGAGCAGCAGCAGAACCAGUAGCAUCAUCCGGAAAACGUCCUUAUUCAUACUUGAAGUGAAACCAUUUGACAUUUUAAUUCUUUUAUUUUCCAAUGACUUCUAGAAUAAAGCUAACUGAUUGGUAAAACGUU